AUGACAGAGGAAAUAACAUAUGCGGAUCUGGAAUUUAAUAAAUCUUAUGCACUGGAAAAUAUCCCAAAGCCUGCUGCUCCUGAGGAAAAAGGUCUUCUCACUUUGUUCCCAUGGCGUCUGGCUGCCCUGAUUUUGCUCACAUUGUGCCUGGCGUUAAUGGUAGGACUGCUAGCCCUGGGGGUUGUGUUUUUCCAGGUUACCAACAUCUGCCAGGAAGAGAAUGUAAAACUCAAAGAGAAGGAGAAAGCUCUGCAAACAAAUUUCUCAAGCAGGCUGCAAGAAAUAAGAGAGAGAUUGUGUUUGGAAGGGGAAGUGAAGAAUAAAAAUAAUGAAAUGAGUUGUACACUCUGCCCCACAAACUGGCAACGAAUGGGGGAUGACACCUGUUACUACAUUUCUUCAGGGAAGAAGACAUGGGAGGGGAGUCGGAACUUCUGUGCCUCACAAAAUUCCACCCUUCUUAUGAUAAAAGACAAGCAGAAGCUGGAUUACAUAGGUCAAUAUUUUAUUAAAGAAAUGUACUGGAUUGGAUUAUCACGUAAAACUGAAAUGGAUGACUGGUUUUGGGAGGACACCACAGCUCUUUCUUCAUCAGAAAAGAGGAUCUCUGUUUACAAUGAGGCUGAGUGCUGUGCAUUUCUGUGGAAGAAGUAUAUUUAUGGCUGGAAAGGCUGUAAUGAGAACAAUUUCUGGAUCUGUGAGAAGGCACCCAUCCAGCUGAGGCUAACAGACAAUCAGUAG